AUGUCAGAGAAUAAUGAUAAUACAGAAGAGUCUUUUAGAAUUAAAGUUAUACAUUUACCUCGUUUUAUGGGACAUGGACAGAUAAAGAAAUUAUUAUCUAACAAAUUAAAAGGUAUUAAUUUUAGAAAAUUAAAAUAUGUCAAUAAAAUUUGUUACCUAUCUUUGACAUGCGAGGAUGAUGUUGAGAAAGCUUUAGAAAUUUUAAAUAAAAUAGAAGUUAAGGGGAAACGUCUUGAUGCUCAUAGAACAGGAGAAGCACCAGAUGUCAGGAAGGUAGUAAAAGAUAAACAAAGUUUUGAUCCAAAUAUUGAUGUUAAAGAUAUUGUUACACCAUUUCAUCAUUUGUCUUAUGAUAAACAACUAGAGGAAAAAGAUAAAGCUUCAAAGAUAGUUCUUUGUAAUAUAAUAGAAAAUUUGAAAAAACUGAAUAUAGGUAGUAUUAAUAUUGAUUUAAAAAAUAUUUUACCUUCUCCUAAAAAUAAAGAAUACAGAAAUAAAAAUGAAUUUAAUAUUGGAUAUGAUAAAGAUUCUAAACCAUGUAUAGGUUAUACUGGAGGAAGAUUUGUAGAUGGAAAAAGAGUUCAACUUCCAAUUUAUACAUGUACUCAUCUUACAUCUAACACAAUAUCUAUUGUUAAAGUUCUUGAGGAAUAUGUUAAAAAUAGUUCAUUACCAGUUUUUGAUGAAAUGGAAAAUAAAGGUUUUUGGAAAAUGAUUACAAUUCGUGAUUUUCUUCAAGAUACAAUGUUAAUAGUUACUACUUAUCCACAGGAACUUGAGAUGAAUGAAACUGUUGAAAAAAUUAAACAAGACAUUGUUGAUUUAUUUUUUAAAAAUACAAAAAAUUUUGAAAAUCAAGAAUGUUUUGUUUCAAGUAUUUAUUGGCAGGUUCACAAAGAUUCUUUUGAUCCAAAAGUAUAUACACAUAUUGCUGGAACACCUUACAUUUAUGAAACUAUUCUUGGAACACGUUUUCGUCUUGGACCAGCUUCAUUUUUUCAAACUAAUAGUUAUGGUGCUGCUUUACUUUUUGAGACAAUUUUAAAAUUAUCUGAUGUAUUGAAGGUUGCCGAUCUUCCUGAUGAUAAGAAUUUUUUAUUUUUGGAUAUUUGUUGUGGGGCUGGGGCAAUUUCAUUAACUAUAUAUAAUCAAAUUAUUAAAAAAAAUCCAAAACUUGUUAAUACACAAAAAAUGGCAAUUGUUGGUGUUGAAAUAGUUCCUGAAGCUAUUGAAGAUGCUAAUAAAAAUGCUCAAGAAAAUUCAAUUGAUGAUAAGAUAUGUAAAUUUAUUACAGGAAGUGCUGAAGUGGUUUUUAAAAAUAUGUCUAAACAUAUGCCAAAUGGUUUUGAUUUUAAAAGUGAAACUACGGAAGUUGUUGGUGUUCUUGAUCCACCUAGAGCAGGUAUUAAUGACACAGUAAUUAUAUCAAUACGGAAGUUAAUAUCAAUGAAACGUCUUAUUUAUGUUUCAUGUGACCCUAAAGCUGCAAGUAAGAAUUUAGUUGAUUUAUGUAGAGAUACCUCAAAUAAAUUUGAAGGGGAACCAUUUAAAAUAAAAACUAUUCAACCUGUUGAUAUGUUUCCUCAGACUAAUCAUUUUGAAUGGGUAAUUUUAUUAGAAAGGGAAUGA